UAUGUAAUGCAAAUCACGCUACACAUAAAAAUAGUUUUGGCGGGUUAUAGAAGGCUCUAUACAUGAAAUGAAUACAUCUAAUCAUCAUCCUCUCUCUGUCGCGUAGUUGAAGGAGCUCUCCUCUGAUUGCCCUUAAAUAUCUCUCUCUCUCUCGUCUUCUUCUACUUUCUCCUCCUAUUAUUUUUUUUUUCUUUCUUUCUUUCAUUGCCUUUUGUUACGGACCAUGAACACUUCAUCAUCGUUCAAGGUCUUUGCUUCUCCUCCUUUGAUAUUUUCCUCCAGACCACCAAAAAAUGCUUCCCAGAACCCAAGAUUCUCUUCCAAAGUCCCAAGAUCCUGUCCUAAAACCAUUAGAUGCAUGCGCGAUUCUCUUAAUCUCCGUUCGAGUCCGAACGCACCAAGCGCUCUUUCUUUCGCAACGGUUGAAGCUCCCUUGGGGACAAAAACCUCGGACAAGCUUCGCAUCCUCGUAUCAGAGUUCCGGUCCUUAACCGAACCGAUCGACCGAGUGAAACGUCUCUUGAACUACGCGGCGGAUCUAGCCCCACUAGAUGACACGGCUCGCGUCUCGGCUAACCGAGUUCCGGGUUGUACGACUCAGGUUUGGUUAGAUAUAAAGAUGGAUGAGUUUGGGAGGAUGAGGUUUAAAGCAGACAGUGAUUCGGAGAUCUCGAAAGGGUUUUGUUCUUGUCUGAUCUGGAUCCUCGAUGGUGCCAAACCAGAGGAAGUGAUGGGCGUGAGAAGCGAGGACUUGUCGGAGAUGAACGUCGGGGUUCACGGAAAGGAACAGUCAAGGGUCAACACGUGGCAAAACGUGUUGAUGACUAUGCAGAAACGGACCAUGACUCUAGUUGCUGCUGACGUGGCGCACCGAGGAGGAGAGAGACCACCGCAUCAUCAUAAGCAUGAUCUCUUAUUUAAAUACGUUAAUGGAAGUUACAUGGAAUCGUCAACGGUUCAUGAUUACUCCAUUUCGUUGCUCCCCUUGUACUAUGAUUUCACCAUAUGAAUGUGUAUGGUGUUCAUUUGAAUUUUGUAAAAGCCCUAUGGAAACAUAAAUCAAAGUUUGUGUUCUGUCUAUC